CUGCGGCACCCGUAGACCGGAAGCGUCCCUCGCGUUGCCAAGGAGACCCCGCCGCAACGCGCGCUCUCUCUCUCCCUCCACUUCCGGCCAUGGAGCAGCCCCUCGCGAAGAGACCCCCCUCCGCCCCCCAGCUCCAGUUCUGCCUGGGGGCCCCUGCCCUUCCGGAGAACCUGUCCCUGCGCUUCUCCAGCCCGCCUCCGAUCGUCGUGGAGAAGCUGAAGCCUCCGGGGGCCCCUCCGCCCUGGGACCCAGGGGCCGGCGAUGGGGGGUCCCUGCGCUUCUCGGCCGUCUCCGAAGAGAGUCUCCAGAGGGCUGUCCGGAUGGCCAAGCGGGACCUGAGACGGCGGCAGAGGGAGCGGCACUCGCACCCACGUCUCUCCCAGGAGGAGGACCCUGGCCGAGGCAAAGGGCCUGGGAACGUGGGUCCAGCCAGGGCACCUGAGACCCACCUGAAAGACAGACGCGCUCCCAAGGGGCAGGCAGCUGGCACCAAGGCCAAAGUCUUCCUCUCCAAGCCCCCCUGGGGCAAGUCCGACUCACCCCCCACCCGCGAUCCAGGACCCACGCCAGCCCCACAGAAGGAGGAGGAGGAGGAGGAGGACAGGUGCCCCCGAGAGGUCAGGCGGCUGCAGAAGGAGCUGCAGAGCUACGUCCGGAAGGUGGAAGAGCUGGCCCAGAAGGAGAGGAGUGAGAGGCUCUUGGAUCCUGAGGAGGAGCGUCGUGCCCAGGUCUGGAGGCAGGAGCAGGCCUCACGCUCCGCUCGGAUGUUGUAUGUGCUUCAGCAGCAGGUGAAAGAAAUCCAGGAAGAUCUGGAGAAGCUGUGUCCUCAUAAAUUCAGGCACACCAAGAAGUCGCGUGCGAUGGCUAGGCUGGCAGCAGCCCACAGAGGAGCUGUCAGGGCCCUGCAGACCUUUGUCUCCCAGUUUGGCGACCGUCCAGAGCAGCUGCCUGCCCCGGCCCACUGCAGGGAGCUAGGCCGCCUCAUCCGGCAGCUCUCCCUCUGCUCCACCCGCCUCGAGAUGGAGCCCUCCAUCCCCGAUGUUGUCUUGGACCUGCUGCUGCAAAUCGAGGACUUGGACUCUUUGGUUGCCAAGAAGGACUCUCUGCAGAAAGGGCCUGCAGGACAGCGCUCCCUGCCUCCUCAAGCCGGGCCUCCAAAGGGCCCCCUCCGGUUGACCAGGAGGGAGAAGGCGUCCUGUCCUUUGGAGCACAGGAGGCUGCCAGUGGCCAGGAAGCUCCUUCCUGAUGAACAUCCUGAGUCGCAUGAGAUCCUGGCACGAAAUGGGGGCAGCGGAGAGUGCGGCGGAGGGGGGCCUGAUGGGGGCUGGCCCCCUCCCAAGAGUGAGGCCUCAGUGGAGGCCUGGGCCAGAGCUGAGCUGGAGAAGACCACGAGGGUGGCAGCCGCGGGGCCCGGUGUGGAAGGUGCCCUCCUGCGGAGGAAAGGAGCAAUGCUGCUCCCCACCAGACCGCAGGGAAGCUCUCGGCCCCCCCGGAAGAAGGGUUUGGCACAGCCACAGGCCAGGCAGGCCCGGUUCCAGGAGCCCACUGUCUCAUUCCGGCUCAAGGAGAUGAAGCCCCCCGUGCGGGAAAGCCGGACCCCCCGGGUGGCCCCCCAGCCCCCCCCCCCCCCUCGCCUCACCUCACCGUGCAAUGCAGGAAGCAGGGCUCCUUUCUGUUUAUCUCUUCCUGCUCACCCCCAAAUUCCUUGCAGGCACCCUGAGAAGAGUCCCAGGAGCAAAGAGGCCUCUCUGGAGAGUGAGGUGGCAGAAGGGAGGCAGGGCACCCUGAAGAGGAAAGGAGCGCCCAGGUCUGAUGGCAUCUCUCCAACCCAGAUGGCCGAGAAAGUUGAGCAAGCAGUUCGAGAGCGGCUGGAGCCACUCCUGGCCAAAGCACAGAAGGUGAAUCUCUCCCUGGAAAAAAAAAUGGGCCCCAAGGGACCCCUGUGGGUCACCCAGCUGUUGCCCCAAGAGACCCAGAAGGUGGCUGAUAAAGAUGCUCUGGGAGGUGACCUGGAAGACUCUACCCUGGAGCAGCUCAAGAAGGCAGAGCAAAUGGCCCUUCCGGCCCUGGGCACCUCUGACCUGGAAGUGAUGCUGCAGAGGAUGGAGGAGAUAGAGCGCUCCGAAGAGGCUGUGCGCAGGCGCUACCACCAGCUGGUUUAUACCGACAUUGAAUUCUGUGCCUGGGAGGAGAAGAGGGGGAAAUCGGAUGCAGCAGGGGGGCUGGAGCCUGGGGGCCCCCCUCCUCCCAUUCAGAUCACCCGGCUGGAGACCCCCAAGGAACCCCAAGUGGACAUUGUCUUGGAAAGGCCCUCGGACACCAACGCCAUGGAGGAGGAAAUGGAAGGCGGGGAGGAAGAGCCCCCGCAGCCCAGGGGUGGGACAGGGCAUCCUUCGGGGUCCCAACUCUCCCCAAGGAAGGGGGCUGGCACCUUCCUCUCGGUCCCCCAGAACGUGCUCCGGAGCAUCAGUGACUACGGCACCCGAUACGAGCAGCACCUGAAGCGGAUCUCACAUGAGGCUGUGGGCAGCUUCAACCCCUGGCACAUCGCACAGAGUUUGGCAGAGGAACUGGCGGAAGAGGCCCUGGCGGAGGUGGCGACAGAGCUGCAGGGCCUGUGUGAGGACUAUGCAGAGGCAGUCUUUACCUCCGAGUUCCUGCAGGCCAAGUGAGGGAGGGGCGCCCCUUCUGGAAAGAGCUGAUGUGCGUCUGACAGUGCUCCCCUCCCCGGGGGUUUGGACUUGUGAAGAAGAGCCAUCUCUGGCUACACUACUGAGUGUAGAUCUCUCUGUGUGUUUGGGGGGGGUGUCUGGGGGCAAUGGAGGUCCAAGAAGGACAAGCAAAUGGUCCAGGGGAGGGGGGUGGCUGCUCUAGUCCCCUCUUUUCUGGGGGUUGUCUGUUUUGUUCCCAGAGGGUCCCUGCAAGACCAAGUGGGGCGCGCUUGCCUCCCUUCAGCCCCACAGGAGCCAGGGACAGAGAGGACUACUACUGUUGUAGUUUGUGUGUGAUUGUCAGCUCUUGAACACAGGGCUGGGUUUUUGGGGUUUUUUGUAAUUGCAAUUUUAAAAAGGUUUUGUGCAUUAAAUGGAACUGUUUUGUACUAUU